UUCAGUCAAAGACCGAGUUCCAGCUGAUUCAACAGUUCAUUUUUGAAUCUCUGUGAAAAGUUCCGCCGUCACCUGGACCGGCGAGUCGACUCAGUGACUCGGUUCUUCGUGUGUCGUCUCUCUCCUGAAACCUCCUUCCAUCACUCGUAAUCGAACCAUACAUCAGUAAAUUUUUUCGAGUUUGCGUCUUUGGGAGGCCGGAGCAUACAAUAUAUUUGUUGAUUCGAUUUCAUAAUGAGCUCUCAAUCAUUGAAACGGCGAAUCAGAAUCGGUUUGACCUACGCCGUGUUCGCGUUCUUCCUUCUCUUAAUCAUUAGAUCGGAGCUUUUUACAGGCAGACUUAUUGGUCCAAAUUUCAUGGCGGAACCAAAUUCAGCCGUCACUGAAAACACAAAUGUUGGUCCUCAUCGCAAGCUUCUUAAUCAAGAGAAUGAAGUGGAAACAAACCGGAUAUGGGGUGACAAGUGUUCAAAAUCUGAUAUAGUGAUAAAUCAGGGACCUACAGCACCUCUACCCAGUGGGAUACCCACGUACACAGUGGAGAUUAUGAACGUCUGUGUCUCUGGCUGUGAUAUCUCCGGCAUCCAUCUCAGCUGUGGCUGGUUUAGCUCUGCACGCCUUAUUAACCCUCGCAUUUUCAAGCGCCUUCAUUUUGACGAUUGUCUCGUCAAUGAUGGGAAGCCUCUUAUUAAUGGUCAUACUAUUUCCUUCCAAUAUGCCAACACUUUCCGUUACCCACUCUCUGUUUCUUCUGUUGUCUGCUGAUAUACUUAGAGGGGCCUGAGAACAUACACUUAACACUAGUUGAAAACACUUAAAACAAUGAUUUAAUAGAGUUUAGGGGAAAAGCACUUCCAAUAGCUCUUUUCUUUUGGGCUUUUAUAGAUUGAGAACACCGCCUAGCUCCUCCUCGAUUUGUCUCUUUUACUUUGCGUCUAUUGAUCAGAAGGACGUGGAGAUGCAGACUAAUGGAUGGGUGUUUGCUGCCUAGAAGUAUGAAAAUUCUGUUCGUAAUUCUAUACAACUACUUAUUUUGAAGGGUCCGACUGUUUUGUUCAUAUCAAAGUGACUGAGGAUAGAAAGCUAAAUGCAGCUGUAAUUUUUGGGUUUUGAAUAUAAAGUAUA